AUGUCUAUGAACAGUGUAGAUUUGGUUGUGCAGCGGCUCAGCCUUCCGGAUUCUGAUUUCAAAGCCAAGUUCGAAGCCGCAUCACAGUUACGCGAUAACCUGGAGCACUACAUUACCGGUCAGAUUUAUCCGACUUUCUUGAAAAAGCUUGUGCCAGUUUUCAUAAAAUGCCUUAGUGGCGCCCCAGUCUUUAUCAGCACGUCUUCAGAACAGAAAUUGCGAAACUGUAUUCUCGAAAUUAUACAUCGGCUUCCCACGAACCCUCCAGAACCAUUUGAGCCAUUCGCAGUAGAAGUUACAAACAAAUUGAUGGAAUUAGUUCGAGUCGAUAACGAAGAUAAUGCAACAAUAUGUGUCAAAACAGUUAUGGAAAUUAUGCGUCAACAGACGAAGGUGUUACAGGACCAGGUUCAACCGUUUCUCUCUCUCAUUCAAGAGCUAUUUGACAAGGCAGAAUCAUCAGUGCGCGAACAGCUUGAUAAUGUUGCUUCAGCUGCUGCUUUACCAUUUGGUAUAUCUCAAGCAUAUCAAAAUUCACCUAGGCCUGGCUCACCGGUGGGAGCCGCGUCAGAUCUUGGAUUAGACCCUCAGCAGCAGACUCGACCGCUUAUGAAGGGAAUGCAUUCGUUCAAAGUCCUGGCAGAAUGUCCCAUAAUUGUAGUCUCUAUCUUUCAAGCUUAUAGAACUAUUGUAGCACCCAACGUCAAGAUUUUUGUUCCACUCAUAAAGCGAGUGCUUAUCCUUCAGGCAAAGCCACAAGAGCAAGCACAUCUAGACGCGGCAGCUCAAGGAACAAUAUUUGUUGGAACUAGCCCUGGUAUAAGAAAUAAAGCUGCCUUUACCGAAUUUGUAACCUCCCAAGUCAAGACAAUGAGCUUUUUAGCAUAUCUGCUUCGAGUACAUUCUCACCAGUUGACUGAUUUCAUACCUAAUUUGCCCGAAAUAAUUGUUCGGCUACUCCAAGACUGUCCCCGGGAAAAGUCUGCUACUCGAAAAGAGCUUUUAGUAGCAAUUCGACAUAUAAUUAAUUUUAAUAUUCGAAAGGUAUUUUUAAAUAAAAUUGAUGAGCUCCUUGACGAAAGAACACUCAUUGGUGAUGGCCUCACUGUUUAUGAUACAAUGAGGCCUUUAGCAUACAGCAUGCUAGCUGAUCUCAUACACCACAUUAGAGACUCCCUUGAACCGCUACAAAUUCGGAAAACAGUAGAGGUCUACACGAAAAAUUUAAUGGAUAGCUACCCUGGGACUAGUUUUCAAACCAUGAGCGCGAAAUUGUUGCUUAAUAUGGCUGAGUGCAUUUCGAAGAUGGAAAACAAAGCAGAUGCGCGUCACUAUCUCAUCAUGAUAUUGAAUGCCAUUGGAGAUAAAUUCGCUGCAAUGAAUCGACAAUACCCCAACGCAGUUAAAAUAUCCUCGCUUCACGCUCAAGAUUCGUCUGAUUUGUUGCAGGACAAUUUCCUUGCUGAAAAAGAACAACCUCCGAUAUGGGAUGAAACCGAUAUAUUUUCGGCAAUGCCAAUCAAAACUUCAAGCCCUCGUGAUCGGGGAUCUGAUCCCGUUGCGGACAAUAAAUUUUUAUUUAAAAACUUGGUGAACGGUUUGAAAAGUACAUUUUACCAGCUCAAGGCAUGCAACGUCGGAACCCCAAUUGAUCCUUCAAAUGCUCCAGCCCACUGGCAGGAAGUAUCUUACGGUUUUACCGCAGAGGAGGUCCAGGUAAUCAUCAAGCUAUUCCACGAAGGAUCUUAUGUUUUUAGAUAUUAUGAUAUUGAUAAGCCUUCUUCUGAAUCUCAAUAUUCAACGCCUGUAGAAUUCAUGGCCAAUCAUUAUAUGAUAUCCAGCAGUAAAGAAGAAAAGGACUUACUGGAAACAUUCGCGACAGUCUUUCAUUGUAUCGACCCAGCCACUUUUCACGAAGUAUUUCACGAAGAAAUACCUCGUCUUUAUGAAACUAUUUUUGAACAUACAGCACUCCUCCAUAUCCCACAGUUUUUUUUAGCAAGUGAAGCAACCUCUCCAAGCUUUGCGGGAAUGCUCCUUAAGUUUCUGAUGAGCCGCAUCCACGAAGUUGGCACGGCUGAUGUCAAAAAAUCUUUGAUACUGUUACGACUAUUCAAGCUUGCAUUUAUGGCUGUUACCCUCUUCUCAAACCAGAACGAGCAAGUGCUCAUGCCACAUGUAGUUGAUAUUGUCACCAAAUCCAUCGAGCUCUCAACAAUGGCAGAAGAGCCAAUAAACUAUUUCAUACUCUUGAGAUCGCUUUUUAGGAGUAUAGGCGGAGGAAAGUUCGAACAUCUUUAUAAGCAAAUACUUCCACUUAUCGAAAUGCUGCUCGAAGUUUUGAAUAGCUUACUCCUUGCAGCCCGAAAGCCUGCCGACAGAGAUUUAUAUGUCGAGCUUUGUCUCACCGUCCCUGCGAGACUGAGUAAUUUGCUUCCCCACCUAAGCUAUCUGAUGCGUCCUCUCGUUGUAGCUCUAAGAGCUGGAUCGGAUAUAGUUGGGCAGGGUCUGCGAACCCUUGAACUAUGUGUUGAUAAUCUGACAGCAGACUACCUUGACCCAAUUAUGGCACCCGUGAUAGACGAGUUAAUGAAUGCUCUUUUUGACCAUCUUAGACCUACACCAUAUAGUCACUUUCAUGCUCACACUACCAUGAGGAUCCUCGGCAAACUAGGUGGCCGCAACCGAAAAUUCAUGACAGGCGCGCUUAAGCUAAACUUUCAAAAAUUCUCAGAUGAUGUAACGAGUUUUGAUCUCCGUCUCAUUGGCUCCAAAAAAGACAGGGCUUUCCCUGCAGAGAUCGGAAUUGACUUAGCCAUAAGAAAGUUGACAGAGACACCUAAAAACAUGGCAGGUAAAAAGUCGGACGCCUGCUAUAAGAAACACGCUUUUAAUCUCAUCAAAACACAGCUUAAAAUACGUCUUGGUGUAGAUUCCUAUCCCGAGGACUUUGGAAGGCUCGUCCGUUUGCAAGCACAGGACCUCUGCCAAAAAGUAUUCUCUUCAUUUUCGCCAAUUGAAACUUCAGACAAAGAAAAAUCAAUGGCAAAAAAGUAUGGACAGGACAUUAUGGUUAAAAAGCUGAUUAAAGCGUGCUUAUUUGCUGUUUCACUCUCAGAGUUUUCUGCGGAAGCUACAGCUCUCAUUGUCAAUAUAUGUAAGCAUUUCACGUUGUUAGAAUUUAGCCGUGGCUUGGCAGAAAUGCGGCAGCAAUCUUUAUCCUUUGAUAUCGACUCUAAAUCUGGGGAGGGAUCUCUAUACAUUGAUACCAGGGUCCUAGCAGACGCUAUUGCGGAGUCUUUAUCUUCAGAUGUUCCCGCAGUAAGAGAUGCUGCUCAGUAUGCGAUUCAAGAAAUUUUUAACUACGUAACAAUUAUACUUGGGUCUGAAUCUCUUGCCUUCAAGCUUCCAUUUUUUACAUAUAUCAGUAACCUAUUUUGCCACAACUGUUAUCAUGAAGAGUGGUUUUCCAAAACUGGAGGCUGUCUAGGCAUUAAUCUUCUGAUAACAACAAUUGACCUGGGUGAUACCUGGGUUAGUGAAAGACAAAUCGAUUACCUAAGGGCUCUCAUGUAUGUCAUAAAAGAUAUGCCGUCUGAUCUUCCUGCAAAUACUCGUAAUGCUGCACAAGAGACUUUGGAGAUCCUACUAAAUAGGUGUUCAAAAAAUGUUUCAAAGGAUGACCUUCAACCUCCGCCUCCGGCUCAACCCGGACAAAGAUCAGCUCAGCCUUCAAAGCUUUAUCAAAUGUGCACUAUUCUCAACACAGAGUUAAGUCAUAUGAGUUCACACGUUCGAGAAACUGCUAAGAGAGCUUUGAAAAUUAUAGCCAACAAAGUCGGUAGUGAAAUUUAUGAACUACUAGAGCCAAGCAAGGAUCGAUGUAUGAUGCCUAUUUUUUCUAAGCCACUUCGAGCCUUGCCUUUUGGUGUCCAGAUUGGAUUCAUUGAUGCCGUGACUUUCUACAUGAGCCUCAAGCCCGACUUUGUGGCCUUCGACGAUCAUCUUAAUCGACUUCUAAUGGAGUCACUCGCUCUCGCUGAUGCACCGGAUGAGUCUCUAGCUGGUAAGCCGGCUGAACACCGGACUCAUGAGUCAAUCAUUCGUCUCAGAGUUGCAUGUAUCAGAAUGCUUUCAACCGCAAUGGGGUUUGAAGAUUUUCAAAAGGGGCAGUCUAAUCCCACCCGCAGCAAGAUAGUGUCUGUUUUCUUCAAGUGUCUCUACGCGGAAUCUAAGGAGACAAUAGAGGCCGCAAAUGAUGCGCUUAAAGUAGUCUUGAUUCAAACGACAAAACUUCCUAAAGACCUGCUUCAAAAUGGAUUACGUCCAGUACUUGCCAAGCUCCAAGAUCCAAGAAGGCUUAGCACUCACGGCCUCGAUGGACUUGCACGACUCCUACAAUUAUUGACAACUUAUUUUAAGGUCGAAAUCGGCUCUAGGCUUCUCGAUCACAUCAAAGUAUUGGCUGAAGCAAACAUGCUUCAAUCAACUUCCUUUACACUUAUCGAGCAAAAUGAACAAAUGAAAAUUAUUGCCGCAGUUUUUAAUAUAUUUCAUCUCCUCCCUCCUGCAGCAGAAGGUUUUAAAGACAGGCUGGUCGAUACCCUUCUGAAUCUAGAGGAAGGGCUACGCCGUACAAAGCACAGUCCUUUCAGAAAUUAUCUAUUUAAAUAUUUCAAUAGAUAUCCAAAAGAGGUUUUUUUCAUGCUUUUAGGCAAGAUUGAAGAACUAAAGUACGGACGAUUUCUAGCUCAAGUCCUCAAGCAUCCCGAUAGCAAGCCCUUACGUGAAAUAGCCGUAGUCAGUGCUGAAUCUAUUAUCAAGAGCUGCGGAGAUGUGAGCGAAGACAUAGAAAUUCGCUUCUCGUCUAUUAUAAAUGCGAUACAUAUAAUCUAUUCAAUCUCAAAAGCCUCAGAUGUAGAUUCGACAUUAUGGAUGGAUGAUAAGGAACAUAUGAGCUGGCUUCGAUCAGUUGGAAAGAAAUUAGAAGCACGGCUUCGCAAGGACACUCUUCCUGCCAACUUACGACUUCCGGCUGAGCAAGCCGGAGAACAUCUCAUGUUUAUCUGUACCAAAUAUCUUGAAAAUCAUCCGAAUGAUAUCGACUUUCUAUUUAGUCUAAUAGACUCAGUCACUGCUGAGGAAAUGAAGUCGAGUCGCUCUUUUAUUUCACAUCUUUACCGAACCAUCUCUUCUUCCUCAGUCGAACAUUGCAAAAUCCUUGUCCUGCGAUGUCUUGAUGCGUAUGCAAGCAAAACUGUAUCUCAACAAACGAAAACCUUCUUGCUUCACAAUCUAGUUAAUCCAAUUAUUGCUGCAGAUAUUAUGCGUGUUUACAAAAACCCCGACUCUACGAACAAUCCAAAACUUAUGGAUAAAGUCCUAAUUGAAUCAAUUCACACCAAAAUCUGGAAAAUCGGUCCGGGAGACACUAGCGACGACAAUAAGCAGCAAGGUAUUGAUCACACUCGCUUUGAGGUUCUGCAAUUGACUGCUAUGUUGGUCAAAUACCACCAUACAAUUCUUCAAGACGCCCGAAAAGAUAUCAUCAAAUUUGGCUGGACUUAUAUUAGGCUCGAAGACGCUAUAAAUAAACAUGCCGCAUAUGUUGUAAUUGGAUACUUCAUUGCUCAUUAUGAGACUCCCGCAAAAAUUGUUCAGCAAGUAUAUUUUUCCCUCCUGAAGACCAAUCAAAAUGAAGGACGAGCUCUCGUCACACAAGCACUGGAACUUAUAACCCCUGUGCUUCCCAAGCGUUGUAACUGUGCUCCUGGCGACCGGAACCCUGUAUGGGCUGCAGCUCCUCGUCGAAUAUUGUCCGAAGAGGGACAUAACAUACAGCAAAUGACGAGUAUACUAAACUUCUUAGCCAAACACCCAGAUCUGUUUUACGACUCAAGGGACAGGUUUGCCAACUUAGUAAUUGUGUCGUUGAGAAAAAUAGCACCAUUACCUAAUCCGUCAAGCGAAAGUAAAAAGCUUGUCAUUAAUCUAAUGACACUUAUCUGGCAGUGGGAAAAAAAGAGAGUCGAGAGUAAGAAUGAAUUAUCGUCAAGGGCCCAUUCUGAAUCUCCUAAAACCAAGAAAAGAAAGCUCGAGUGCCUAGGAGAACAACCCCUUACUAAUACGCCACUCACAUCUGUGCCUUCAGGCUCAACGAACCGUGCUGGAUACGAAAUACCUGUUGUGGCUCAAUCAAAAAUGAUCAAAUACUUGGUUGAAUUUAUUGCCUCAUUAAAUGAAAGAUUUCCACUUCCUUCCGCUAAACCCAAAGAGAGUUCGUCUUCACAGUUUCAUAUGCAAUCUCAGAACUCUGUAGAGAUGUGUAAGAGAGCUAUAACUUUGCUAUAUAAUUUUCUGCAGCCACAGUUUUGGGGAGAAUCUUCUGCCGAUCUGUUUCCAAACGUUACGGAGCAAGUUCUAGCCAGUGAAAGAUGUACAGCUGCUUUAGCUAGUAGCCAUCCCGAGAAAGAAAAGGCAGAUGACAAAUUUAUCACCAACAUAAUCAAUACUUUGCAAGCUAUUCGUGUCAUCAUAAAUUUUAAGCCUGAUACAUGGAUUUUACAGAAUAUCUCUUCUCUACAACAUAUACUAGAUAAGUCACUUAAGUCUGAUAAUCCUGAAGUACAUGAAUGUUUGCACGCCCAAGGCUUAGAAAUAGACGAGGGAAGAGAAAUUAAACCGCUUCUAGGGCGUAUCCUAGAUGCCGUUCCAGAGGACGUUCGCAUGGAUGACCCUGAUAUUGAGGGAGAGCCCGAAACACCAACCUCAGAAAUGAUUAAUUACCUUUCAGGUAUAGCCACUGAAUCUCUCUCUGCAACUACAGCCAACUAUACGGCAGGGAUCAAUAUACUUUGGACACUAGUACAGCGUAAGCCUUCUGAGAUAGAUGUUCAUAUUACCCAGGUUAUGAAAGCACUGCAAUCAAAACUAGCUCGUGAACAUGUUGCUCACUGGCAAGCACUGAUCGGGCAAUCAAGCACGGCGACAUCUCGACCGAGUGAACCUGAGAUUACAGGCGUUAUGACUUCAUACGACUUAGAAACACAGACUAACCUUAUGGUCAAGGCAAUCGAAAUCAUAUCAUUGCGAAUGGAAGUUCUUGGUGAUAACCGGAGACCAUUUCUCAGCGUGCUUGCGACAUUGGUAGAAAAAUCUCAAAGUAAUCCACUAUGCCUCAAAAUAUUAGACAUGGUGGAAGGUUGGGUAUUUAGAUCAGAUGGAUCAUCCUGGCCUACGCUCAAAGAGAAGACUGCAGUCUUGCACAAAAUGCUCACAUUUGAGAAUAGGUCUGACGAAACUCUAUUGAAUAAAUUUAUGGAACUAGUCAUUCGUAUUUAUGAAGAGCCUAAAAUUACUCGGACUGAACUCACCGUUCGGAUGGAGCAUGCGUUCUUGGUUGGAACUAGAAUGACGGAUAUUGAUAUGCGGAAUCGAUUUAUGGCAAUAUUUGAUAGAAGUCAGUCUAAAACUGCCAGUGCGAGGCUAGCCUAUGUAAUUAUAGCUCAAAACUGGGACACCCUGGCCGAAUCCUACUGGCUUUCUCAAGCUAUACAAUUACUCAUGGGCUCAGUCGAUGUAGAGACACCCGUUGUGAUACAUUCCGAGGAUUUUAGAACUGCACCUAUUAGUAUACUCUCUGAUGCUUACAAUAACGAUUCUAGAGUUCCUGACGAUGCAUGUGAUCAUCGGUUUGAUCAGUUAAUUAGUUCACAUAAACGCUUCUUAAUGGAGCUCGGGGAAGUUCGGGUGAAAGAUAUUAUCGAACCUUUAACACAACUACAGUAUCUAGAUACAGAUGUUGCCCACGAAAUUUGGGUAGCUCUGUUUCCGAUAUUCUGGUCGGCUACUUCAAAAGAUGAGCGCGGCGACUUAGAGAGAGGAUUAGUCACUCUUCUCACAAAAGAUUAUCACUCUCGCCAGAUCGAUAAAAGGUGCAACGUGGUUCAGUCCUUACUCGAGGGUGCAGCUAGAGCUUGGCCUGAGUGUAAAAUCCCGCCUCACAUACUCAAAUUUGAGGCGAAGACGUAUGAUGCAUGGUAUACAGCUCUUGUUCAGAUUGAAAGUGCUGCUAUUAAACCCGAGAUCGAUAGCAAGUUAGUCAGAGAAAGUAACUUAGAUGCUCUGGUCGAACUCUAUGCUGGACUUAAUGAAGAUGAUUUGUUUUAUGGAACAUGGCGGCGAAGAUGCCAAUAUGUCGAAACCAACGCCGCGCUAUCAUACGAACAAAAUGGCAUGUGGGAAAAGGCACAACAAAUGUAUGAGCAAGCGCAAAUCAAGGCGCGGAUUGGUGCCCUUCCGUUUUCACAGGGCGAAUACAUGCUAUGGGAAGACCAAUGGGUUCUAUGUGCGACAAAGCUACAACAAUGGGACAUUUUAUCAGAGUUUGCAAAACAUGAGAACUUUCAGGAUCUAUUGCUUGAAUGUGCUUGGAAGCAAAUUGACACUUGGGCUAGUUCUGAGAACCGAGAGAUGCUCGAUAAUAUCAUCAAAGGUCUAAUGGAUGCACCAACUCCCAGGAGAACUUUUUUCCAGGCAUUCAUGUCUUUGGUUAAACUACACAAUAAGACUGAAUCUCCAGUCGAGUUUAGUAAGGUUUGUGAUGAAGCCAUCCAGCUUUCCAUACGCAAAUGGCAUCAACUCCCCAAGCGAAUCACCAACGCGCACAUUCCCCUAUUACAGAAUUUUCAGCAGCUCGUUGAACUUCAUGAUGCAAGCGUAAUCUGUCAAAGCCUAGCACAAACAAAUCAAACGAACCUCGAUACCAAGUCUGCUGAACUCAAGUUACUUCUUGGGACCUGGCGUGACAGACUUCCAAAUGUUUGGGAUGAUAUAAAUGCCUGGCAAGAUCUAGUUACGUGGCGACAACAUAUUUUUACACUAAUUAAUACAACAUAUAUUAACCUUCUGCCAGUGCAAGGCACUCAAAAUGCCAACAGUGCCUCAUUUGCAUACCGAGGAUACCAUGAGACGGCUUGGAUCAUAAAUCGUUUUGCACAUGUUGCGAGAAAACAUCAACUGCCUGAAGUCUGCAUAAAUCAACUAGGGAGGAUUUACACCCUGCCAAACAUUGAGAUACAAGAAGCUUUCCUGAAACUUAGAGAACAGGCUAAAUGCCACUAUCAAAAUCCGAAUGAGUUGAGCAGCGGAUUAGAUGUGAUCAAUAAUACGAACCUUAACUAUUUUGGACCUAAUCAAAAGGCUGAGUUUUACACACUUAAAGGAAUGUUUUUGGAAAAACUUGGCCAGCGUGAUGAGGCUGCUGAAGCCUAUGGUAUGGCGUUAUUCUUCGAUAUCAAAUUACCCAAAGCUUGGGCGGAAUGGGGACAUUAUAAUGAUCGACUUUUCAAAGAUAAUCCUACAAAUAUGACUUACGCUAAGAAUGCCUUGAGUUGUUAUCUGGAAGCUGCAGGGCUACUGAAGAAUGCUAAGUCUCGAAAGCUUCUAACACGUAUACUUUGGCUUCUCAGUCUUGACGAUGCAGAAGGAACUUUAUCCACCCAGUUUGAUGAGUUUAAAGGAGAAACGCCUGUAUGGUACUGGAUAACUUUUAUUCCCCAGUUACUCUCAGGAUUAGGGCACAAAGAAGCACAAAAAGCUCAUGCGAUAUUAUGCAAAAUUGCAAAAGCCUAUCCGCAGGCCUUAUUCUUUCAACUGAGAAUGAACCGAGAAGAUAUGGCCACAACCAAGAGAGUCCAAGAAGCCAAGGAAGAAAGGGAACGUAAGCUCAAACUUAUGGCUCAGGGACAGAACCGAUCCUCAACUGACGCUAAAUCGAAAGCAUCUGUAGAUCCUGCACAGGUAGAAAGCAGCAGUUUAGCUAGUACAGAGAAACCAUCAAGUAAAGAAAUGAAUCCAAGUACAAAAUCUUCGAAUGGGAAUUCUAGCAACGACCCCCCCCUCAGCUCGGCGCCUCAAAAUAACCCACAUAAAAAAUCUUGGGAACACGCUGAAGAAAUUUUGGCAGUGCUAAAGACAGCUUUUCCGCUUCUUGCCCUUUCUAUGGAGACAAUGGUCGACCAAAUACAAAAACACUUCAAAUGUACGCCAGAUGAAGAUGCCUAUCGUCUCACUGGAGCUCUUCUUCAGGAUGCUCUUUCAUAUGUGAGCCGUGCGCCUACUUCUUACGCCCAAGACGUCAAGCUACCAUCUGCAACAGAAACAAAUGUCGCUAGGUUUGCUGAAUCUAUUCUUCCAGUGCAUAUAAGAGCUUCAUUUGAAGCCGACUUUGUCAAAAAGAAACUCACAAUGUUUGAAUACAUUCACAAGCUUCGGAAGUGGCGUGAGAAAUGCGAAGCAAAACUGGAUCGAAGAAAGCCUUUUGCUUACUUGGAAAAUUAUAGCCAACAUCUUAGCGAGUUCAAGUUUCAAAAGUUUGAUGAAGUCGAAGUCCCUGGACAGUAUCUUCAACAUAAAGACAAGAAUCAGGACUUUGUCCGUAUUGAGCGCUUCCUACCUACCGUCGAUCUUGUUCGCUGUAUCGGAAUUUGUCAUCGCCGGCUGAAAAUCCGAGGUCAUGACGGAAGUAUUCAUCCUUUCGCAAUUCAACACCCCGCUGCUCGUCAUUGUCGACGCGAGGAACGCAUUGUACAGCUCUUCAGGCAUUUUAAUGGUAGCCUCAACAAGCAGAAAGAAAGUCGGAGGAGGAACCUUAACUUUCAUCUGCCGCUUAUGAUUCCCCUUACCCCUCAUAGUCGAAUGGUACAGGAUGACGAAACAUACAUUUCAUUGCAAGGUAUUUUUGAUGAUCAUUGUCGUAAGAGCAGUAUGUCAAAGGAUGACCCAGUUCUUUUUACAAUGGAAAAACUGAAAAUUUUAACGGAAACAAAGAGAACGCAGGAGCAAAUGGCAGCAGCACGCCUGGAAACCUUCACUGCGGUCCAGGAAAAGUGGGUUCCAAAUAAUAUUGUGCUUGAUUAUUUUACAAAGAUCUAUCCUCAGUUUUCGGAUUUCUGGCUAUUUCGCAGAAGGUUUUCAUAUCAGUUUGCGUCUCUAACUUUUAUGACCUAUGUUCUUCAUAUGAAUAAUCGGUAUCCUCACAAACUUAAUAUUACACGUGCUACGGGAAAUAUCUGGGGCUCUGAAUUAAUGUCCUCUCUAGCAAUGGGCAAGGCAUACUUCCACAAUCCAGAGCCAGUUCCAUUCAGACUCACGCCUAAUCUCCAAAUCCUGAUGGGGCCUCUUGCUACUGAAGGUAUUUAUAGCUGUGCUAUAAUGGCCAUUGCGCGAUGUCUUUCAGACCCCGAGUACGAACUUGAACAACAGCUGUGUCUGUUUGUCCGAGAUGAGAUGAUCCACUGGUUCCAAACGAGUCACUGCUCCCAGUCUGUCGUCGACGGACAACUUCGAGAAUCCGUUCAAUUAAACAGCGAGAUUAUCGUCAAGAGGACUUUAAGUUUGGCUCAAUCACCAGCUGGGACUCUUCCUGCAAAUCAAACAGUCAUCGACUUGAUAGCACGGGCAGUAUCUCCCAUGAACUUGGCACAAUGCGAUGCGCUCUUUAUGCCCUAUCUUUGA